CCGCCCGCCCUCAGCAACAGCCGCUGCCCGUGCCAGAGCAGGGACAGAUCUACGCUGUUCCCCUCACGGCUCCUUCCAGCAGCAGCAGGAGGAGGAGGAGGAGGAGGUUACUUUUCAGUGUCUGGUUACAAGAAGACACGCCUCGUGCUGCCUGGAAGCGUGCUGAACUAGGUGGUGGACGGGCAAGUACAGCAGGAAAAGCAGCUUCUGGGAAGCAGCAAGAAGCACGGCGGUAAAGACCUUGCUGGAAGCAUCGGCUAGUAUUACUGAGCAGUUCCUAGUGUUUCAGGGAGCAACAGCCUGACUAGGCUCCUUGCCAGCAAAUUCCUGCUUUAGUAAAAAAUGGCAUUUCGUAAGGUAGUAAAAGGAACUGUUCUCAUUGGAGGAGGUGCCAUAGCAACAGUUUUUGGCCUCUCUCAGUUUUCUCAGUAUAGAAACAAACACGAUAACUUUAUGUAUGUUCAAGCAGCAGAACCUGUGAACAUACCAAUGAAAAAUCACUUUCCUACAAGAGAAGAUCAGUUCCUGGCUCUACAAAACACAAGCGAAUUUGAUGUGCUUGUUAUAGGAGGAGGAGCAACAGGAUGCGGCUGUGCGUUAGACGCUGUUACAAGAGGACUAAAAACAGCUCUUGUAGAAAGAGAUGAUUUCUCAUCAGGGACCAGCAGCAGGAGCACUAAAUUGAUCCAUGGUGGAGUGAGAUAUCUUCAGAAGGCCAUCAUGAGGUUGGAUUUCGAGCAGUACAGGAUGGUAAAAGAAGCACUUCAUGAGCGUGCCAACUUGCUCGAAAUUGCUCCUCACUUAUCUGGUCCUUUACCUAUAAUGCUUCCUGUUUACAAAUGGUGGCAGUUGCCAUACUACUGGGUGGGAAUAAAACUAUAUGACCUUGUAGCUGGAAGUCAGUGUCUGAAAAGCAGCUAUGUGCUCAGCAAGUCAAGAGCCUUGGAACUCUUUCCAAUGCUACAGAAAGACAGGCUUGUAGGAGCUAUUGUCUACUAUGAUGGACAACACAACGAUGCACGAAUGAACCUUGCCAUUGCCCUCACUGCUGCCAGGUAUGGUGCUGCCACAGCCAAUUACACUGAAGUGGUGCACUUGCUGAAGAAGACAGAUACAAAGAGCGGGAAGGAACGUGUCUGUGGCGCACGAUGCAGGGAUGUUCUUACAGGGCAGGAAUUUGAUGUCAAAGCCAAAUGUGUUAUCAAUGCUACAGGACCUUUCACAGACUCUGUGCGCAAAAUGGAUGAUCAGGAAGUAUCAAACAUCUGUCAGCCAAGUGCAGGCGUGCAUAUUGUGAUGCCUGGUUAUUACAGCCCUGAUAACAUGGGGCUACUUGACCCAGCCACUAGUGACGGACGAGUGAUUUUCUUCCUGCCGUGGGAAAAGAUGACUAUUGCCGGAACCACAGACACUCCAACUGAGGUCACACCUCACCCAAUACCUACAGAGGAAGAUAUUAACUUUAUUUUGACUGAAGUGCGCAACUAUCUGAGUUGUGAUGUUGAAGUGAGAAGAGGAGAUGUCUUGGCAGCAUGGAGCGGCAUUCGUCCUCUUGUCACAGAUCCCAGCUCUAAAGACACCCAGUCAAUAUCUCGGAAUCACGUUGUUGCUGUUAGUGACAGUGGCCUUGUUACUAUAGCAGGUGGGAAAUGGACAACUUAUCGCUCCAUGGCACAAGAUACCAUUGAUGCAGCCAUCCAGGCUCACAACCUAAAGGCAGGUCCAUGUAAGACGGUAGGACUUUUACUGCAGGGGGCUAAGGACUGGAGUCCUACUCUUUACAUUAGGCUGGUCCAAGAUUACGGACUGGAAAGUGAGGUGGCUCAGCACCUUGCUUCUACAUAUGGUGACAAGGCUUUUGAGGUGGCCAAAAUAGCCCAAGUUACUGGAAAGAGGUGGCCUAUUGUUGGAAAACGCCUUGUAUCUGAAUUUCCUUAUAUUGAAGCUGAGAUUAUGUAUGGGGUAAAAGAGUAUGCCUGCACUGCAGUGGAUAUGAUUUCACGUCGCACUCGGCUGGCCUUCUUGAACGUGCAAGCCGCUGAUGAAGCCCUACCAAGAAUUAUUGAUAUAAUGGGGAAGGAACUUCACUGGAGUGAACAGAAGAAAAAGGAAGAACUUGAAUCUGCUAAAAAGUUUCUGUAUUAUGAAAUGGGCUACAAGGCAAAAUCAGAGCAAUUAACAGACAGCUCUGAAAUCACUCUUAUACCUUCAGAUAUUGACAGAUAUAAAAAGAGAUUCCACAUGUUUGAUAAAGAAAAGAAAGGCUUUAUUACCAUACUGGAUGUUCAAAGUGUGUUAGAGAGCAUCAGCAUUCAAAUUGAUGAAAAUACGCUUCAUGAGAUUUUAAAUGAGGUAGAUUUGAACAAAAACGGGCAGGUUGAACUCAAUGAGUUUUUGCAGCUCAUGAGUGCUAUUCAGAAAGGAUAUGUGUCUGGAAGCCGAUUGGCUGUACUUAUGAAAACUGCUGAAGAGAACCUACGUGAGAGAGUUGUUAUUCCAGUAGACCGAAGUGGUGGUGGACUGUGAGUUUGGAAGUACAAAACCUGCUUACAGCUACAAGUUUGUCUAUGUGUAGCUGCCUUGUUCAGUGCUGAAAAAUAUUCCAAUGCUUUCAAAUGUCUGUUUUUGUAUACCCUGACCGCCAGAUACAGAUCACGUAGAAUAAACACACUGAUACAUUUAUCUUUUCCUUAUUUUCUUUGCUGAUAUUAAUACUCGAAAAUAUGGCCUUUUGGACUGGACAUGCUUUAGAGAUAGACAUUAUUUGCAGGAAUUCAGAAUAGUCUGCAAAAGGCUUGUUCACAGACACUCCUUCUCAGAAGUUUUGUUAAGCUUUUAGAUAAUCUUCACCCUUAAAAAUAAAUGGUGCACAGAGAGUGACUGCUACCUGAGAUCCACAUCAUUAAAAGUAUUCUGCAUAUGUGCAAGACCAUAUGUGUUCAAAGUGCCUGUCCACAAAAAGGAAGAGAGGAAUCAUUUUGGUGGGGGGAAGGGGAAUGUUCACAUUUAGGUUUCAAGAGGAUGCCACAAAGAAAUAUCUUGAGCGUUGCCUAAAUUAAACAUCCUGAUAAGGAAUCGUAGUGAUAUUUAUAGAACGUUACAUAGAUAGUCACUUCACUACUUCUCAAUGUUGUUCUCAUUCAAUGGCACCAAUUUUACUGCCAGACAGAUUUCUGGCAAUAAAAAUUUGACAGCAUGAGACUGGAAGAGCACAAGAUUGGACAAAAAACCCAAAAGUUUCAUAGAUGAGUUAUAAUUUAGAGUUAAAAAUGUAUGGGUACAGCUUUCACUCCUCCUCCUAUAAGUGUGAAAACCAUGCUUGUCUAGCAGGUAUUGGAGUCUACUAUAAAGUCUCAUACUGUUUGUUUUUGUACUUUUAGACAAAUACUGAAAGUAUGUAAAACAAGAACUUUGCCAUAGUGCACUAAUCCUAGCCACUUAAUAUUUGCAAAAUGUACACUUAAAUGGGAAAGUUACUUUGCAUUCCAGCAGGCCUUACUUAAAAGUCGUACGGGCUAGUCAGAAAAUUAAUGCAAAGGCGAAAGAUCCAAUUUUUGGACCAUUUAUUUGAGCCAUUCUCAACACAUGCUCCACCUGGCUAUUUACCCUGCAACUCUUCCUAUUAUUAAAUUGGCUAUGAUCAGCAUUAAGAUCAGAUGGAGGAUUUCUGCCUGAUCUGUGACAGGGAGGGGAAAAUGAAUGCAUAUUUUAUUGGUGAGUCUCUUUCAUAAUACUCCUUUUGAGUAUAAAUACCAGUUUACAUAUCAAACCAGAAGCCUUGAGUUUAAAGUGCCACUACAUCUGUACACAACUAAAUGCAAAAUCUGAUUAAUUUUAAUCCUGUUUUGCAAAUUCCUUAACAUGAUACCAAGUUAAUAUACUGCAAGCAGCACAGUUCUGAAAAAGUCAAUUUUAAAAAAAAAAUCAUAUCCAAAGUAUAUAAGUGCUGAGGAUUUAUAGUAACUAUGAUAUUAGUGCUAACUGCAGGUGGUAGUGUGUGAAUAUUUUGGUCUAGCAAGUUUCCAGCUAUUAAAAACUGUAUCUAUCUAAAAAUGGAAGGAGGAAAAACCCACCUGCAAUUCUUAAAUGAAUAUGGAGCACUUAGUCUAAGCAAAAUCUUGUGUGUGUGGGGGGG